AUGAGCUUCAAGUCUACCUCGGCAGUCACCAUACGCGUGGGGAAGGCGCCAAACACCGAGGACUUCAUCGCGCACGAGACCUUCCUUACUUCCCGUUCAGAGUUCUUCCGCCGCGCCAUGAACGGCAACUGGCAGGAGGCAGACACAAGGACUAUAAACUUCCCCGACGAUGACCCCGGCAUUUUCGCCCUCUAUCUCAACCACCUCUAUACUGGACAGCUGCCUAUUACAACCAAAACCAAGGAAGAACUGAAGAUGCUCACAUCAGCCGACUUCACAAUACUUGUUACAGAACAAUACCACGUUGUUUUCAGCGUUUUUGUUCUUGGUGAGAAACUUCAAGACCUUUCGAUCAAGAAUGCCAUGAUGGAAGCUGCACUAGCCACCACCAGAUUGCAAGGACCAGCCGGGAGAUGGCAAACGCCGACUGCGCGAACAGCCAACAUGGUGUACAAUGGCACACCAGCAAGCAGUCUCGCCAGAUCUUUUCUCACCGACACAUGGACAGCGUUACCCAUCGACAAUAUCCUCGUGAACUUCAACCAGCUCCACACAGAUAUGAGGAGUGACCUUGGAAAAUCACUAAGAGACCGUUACAAUAUUCUUUUACAAACCAUAGGAAACAUUGCAGAGAAGAAGGGAAUUGCUGCGUACCAGGAGAAGCCGAAGUGA